AUAUCACUUUAUUUAUUAUACCGAUGAACUUUAUAUCUACUGCACCAUUGGCAGGCUAUAAUAUAGGAUAUUCGCCUUUUCAUAGAUCACGUUUAGCUGUAGCUUGUGCAGCUAAUUAUGGCUUGGUCGGUAAUGGUAGAUUACUAGAGCUUUCAUAUAAUCAACAAGGUGAUUUGUUUACUCAUAAUACUUUUGACACCCAGGACGGUCUAUUCGAUCUAGCUUGGUCUGAGAUACAUGAAAAUCAAAUCGUUACUGCAGUUGGCGAUGGUAGUAUUAGAUUAUUCGAUACGCAAGUUAAACAAUACCCGAUUAGAGUUUGGCAUGAGCAUUCGCGAGAAGUGUUCAGUCUCGAUUGGUCAACAAUAGAUAAACUCCAUUUUGCAUCUGCAUCUUGGGAUGGCACAGUGAAAAUUUGGACACCUGACAAUACAAACUCUUUAUUAACCUUAAAAGCCCACAAUGGUUGCGUCUAUAAUGCUAAUUUUAGUCCACAUCAACCAGCAACUUUGGCAACUUGUGGAUCUGAUGGUCAAUUAUUAAUUUGGGAUCUAAGAACUCCUCAGGCUCCUGUAAAGUCUAUAAAAGCUUCCUCUACAGAGAUCCUUUCUUUAGAUUGGAAUAAAUAUACUCAUAAUACACUGGCGACUGGUGGUGUAGAUAAAUCAAUCAGAUCUUGGGAUAUACGCUCAUCAGGUUGCUUUAGCAAUUUAAAUGGUCAUGAUUAUGCAAUAAGAAGAGUUCAGCAUUCACCCCAUACACCUAAUCUUAUUGCUAGUGCAUCUUAUGAUAUGACGGCUAGAGUAUGGGAUAUUAAUAAGAAUGCAGCUGCGUUUAUACAUGAUAAACACACCGAGUUCGUUAUGGGUCUGGCUUGGUCACUAUUUGACCCUUUCGUUUUAACCACUUGCAGCUGGGACAAUAAAACACAUUUAAUUAACUUGAAGGACAAGCUUGGAAGAUAACCAAUUGAUUCAAUACACUGCAUACCAAAUUUGAAAUUUUUCAUAAUACAUAAGGUUACAUAUCUAAACGUUCAUCUCAUCGACUUCAACUUCUAAAGGUUUUAAGGGUUUUUUAUUUAUUGAACGUUUUCGAGCCUUUCUACCUUUUGGUUCUGCUCUUACGUUCAUUUCGUCAACUUCAUAAUCUUUUGGAUGUCGCUUAAGUUUUGAUACUACAUCGGGUCUAUCUUGCGAACUUCCUUGAACAUUCACCUCUUCUGUCGUCUCUUUUUCUGCUUCAUCUUGAAUGUUUCUGAUAUCUUUUUGUGUUUUUUCAGAAAUUUCAUUAAGGUGUGAAUCAUCAUCAUAAUCGAAAGAUUGUAAACCACCUUUCCUUUUCCUAUCUUUAGUCUUGGAUACAGGUCUGACACUCUCACUUGUGCUCUCAAAUGAUACAUCGUGAGAGAGAUUAUUGUCUAAACUUUUACGGUAUUUAUCAAAGUCUUGAGGUGUCUUGAUACUUUUAAAUGAUUCAGUAUCAUAUUCCGCACUAGCAGAAUUCGUGAUUAUAACAUCUGAGAUGGAUGAAGAAACAUGCUGUAAAGCUUGGCUCGAGAGAGACCUUCGAGCUCUAUUUGCUAUACCACUUGCUAAUAGAUCUGUUG